UGAGGAUGGCUACUUUAGGAGUUGGCCGUGCCCCUGGUGAACGCAGAAAGCUGGACAACAGCAAGAUCAGCUGCUACCAGAUGCUUCAGAGAAGAAGUGCCACAACAGCGAGGUUUCCAGUAAGAAGACAAGCCACUGUAUCUUUAUCAAGAUAAAGAUAAAGAAAGGAGCAGUCGAAAACAUCUGCUUUCUCCUCUUCCUAUUAGAAGUGAGAUCACAGCCAAAAGAGGAAAGGUCGUGAAUAAGUGUCCAGAGAGGAGCCACACCCAUCUGAAACCUUCCACAAAUCUCCCUCUUUUCUCCCUCCCUCUCUUCUUGGCUGCGUAUCCCUCUGCUCCUUACCAGUCUCGCCUUUCUUCUCAACCUGUGACACAAACAUGGAUCGCUCGACGCAGGAGCUCUUCCUCAACUUCAUGGUCGUUUUCAUCACUGUGCUGCUGAUGUGGCUGCUGGUGAAAGCUUACCAGACCUGAGCCAUGGCGCAAGAAGUGAGGAUAUAAUGAGAGGCAGAGGGGAUGGAGUGGUAGGUGUUGGGGGAAGCCAUCAUGGUUGCUGUAGGUCUUUGUGCAGACACAGUGUUUACAUCUUUUCAUUCUUUUAGGCUGCGUUCACUGGUCUGAUCCAGUUUUUGAAAAGUGCCCUGAGAUAACUUCUGUUAUGACUUGGCGGUGUAUAAAUAAAAUUGAAUUGAAUUGAAGCCAGAGCUCUAGUAUUCAUAUGAGGUCAAAAACCAUGUGAUUGCUAAAGCCAGGGCAGAUUGGCAUAGACAAACUAGUCUUGGAUCUGUAUUUGUAUUCUGAGAUGUUGUUUGUAUGUGGCCUUGAAAUUCUGGCAAGAGCCAAAAGGUUAAAUCACAGUACAAAUGGGAAGGUGAAUAAAAAUAACUCAACUGGGAUUUGAGUCUCUAGUUUUUCACUGUGAAAAUCUUUAUAGGGACACUCCAAUGUCACUAUAAAUAGUAGUAUAGUAGCCCAUGUCACUGUGUCAUUCAUGUGACCUUCCAUAUAUUGAACUAUGCCAUUGUGUCUAUUGUUCUGUCUCUACUAAAGUGAUGAAUAUGUCAAAUGCAGAUACUGUAUUUACACAUAGAAGAAGAAA